AUGACUGAUGGUUGGGUAACCCGUUUGCUCUUGCCUUCCAAAGGGCUCAAAGGAGGUAUCUCUCCCUCUUCAAUUGCAAAUCUCACGCAUCUCACUCACUUGAACCUUUCCCACAAUUCACUAUAUGGUUCACUUGAAACUCAGUUCUUCUUGUCUUUGAAUCGACUUGAGAUCCUUGAUUUGAGCUAUAACCGUCUUUCUGGAGAGCUACCACUUUCUCUACCAUCCAGCAAUAUCCGGACAGUGGAUUUGUCCAGCAAUCACUUCUUUGGUGCAAUUCCAUCUUCAUUCUUCCGACAAGGAAACAACUUGACUAGUUUCAAUGUCAGCAACAACACCUUCACUGGGCUAUUGGAUUUUUCUUCCAAUGCAUUCAGUGGCAACCUUGCUCCUGGGCUAGGGAAGUGUUCCAAACUGCAGGUUUUUCGUGCCGGUCACAAUAACCUCUUAGGAUUAUUUCCAGAAGAUAUCUAUAAUGCUACCAAACUUGAAGAAAUUGCAUUACCUCUCAAUUCACUACAUGGAGCCAUUAGUGAUAAAAUUGUCAACCUCACCAACCUUGCCAUCCUUGACCUUUCCUAUAAUCAUUUUGGCGGCGAGCUUCCUCUCAAUUUGGGGAAGCUCUCCAAGUUGAAAUUUGUGACUUUUGAUUUCAACAAUUUAGAAGGUGCUUUGCCCCCAUCUCUGAUGAAUUGCACAAACCUUGUAGAACUGCAUUUGGGAUCCAACAGCUUGGAAGGAGAUAUCUCCAUCCUUGAUUUUUCCAGACUUAGUCAACUUACUAAAUUGGAUCUAAGGAACAAUAACUUCACUGGUAUGGUUCCAGUAAGCCUUUACUCAUGUUGGUCCCUAAAAGCCAUUGCAUUGAGUAAAAAUCAUCUAGAGGGACAAAUAAAAGCUGAGAUUCUUUCAUUGAAAUUCUUGUCUUUCCUCUCACUUGCAUUUAACCGAUUCACCAACCUGACAGGGGCAAUGAAGAUAUUGAUGAGUUGCAAAAGUCUUCACACACUCAUGCUUGAUGGUUCCUUUGUAGGCGAGGGAAUGCCAUCUGAUGAUGACAUGGUAGAUUUUGAUGGAUUCCAAAAUCUAAAGCUUUUGAGUUUGGCUAGUUCUAACUACACGGGUCAAAUACCUGUAUGGUUAUCAAAGCUCAAGAAUUUACAGAUCUUGGAAAUGGGUGCUAAUCAAAUCACAGGGCCAAUUCCAAGUUGGUUGGGGACUUUUCCUAGACUGUUUUAUAUAGACUUGUCAGACAACCAAAUUUCAGGUGAAUUUCCAAAGCAACUUUGUGGAUUACCAAGGUUGCUUUAUGAACCUAAAGCAGAAGACCAAUAUGAAUUUGAAUUGCCUACCUUCAUUAGCGAGAUAAUCGCAAAUCAAAGUUAUCUACAACAAAAAUUGUCUUAUUUUCCACGAAAGAUAGACUUAUCUAACAAUAAUAUUAGUGGUCAUAUACCUACUGAGAUCGGCCAAUUGCAGCUUCUCCACCAGCUUUUUCUUGGCUCCAACAACUUCUCCGGCAUCAUUCCAAACCAAAUAUCUAACCUAAAAAAUCUAGAGGUUUUAGAGUUCUCCUCAAAUCAUUUGUCUGGAAUAAUCCCAUCGUCAUUGGCGAGCCUUAAUUUCUUGAGAGAAUUUAAUGUCUCUUACAAUAAUCUUGAAGGACCAAUACCAACAAGCACCCAGCUCCAAAGCUUCAAUGCUUCUACCUUUGAGGGGAAUCCAAAACUUUGUGGUGCCCCACUUCCAAAUAAGUGCGGACCAAAUAAGGACAUGGAUGUAGAUAACAAAAACAACAAAGGCGAGGGCAAUGGGCAUCAUCAACUUUCGUGGUUUUAUAUUUUCGUAAUGUUGGGGUUCAUAGUAGGAUUUUGGGGAGUGUGUGGUUCUUUAUUCUUCAUUUCAAAGUAA